UACACAAUACUUACUUUCUGUUUGUCGCACCUACAACAAGUCGCCCAAAAUGAGACAGCCAGCUGGUGUUGCAGAAAUUCUCAGAUCUCACCAGAAAGAUGACAUUUAUGUUGGAUAUCUAAAGAAUUCAGUAUCUGAAGUUUUUCAAGAAAUAUUUGGUCCUGGUAUAUGGAUAAGAUGGAAAAAUGAAGUGGAUCGUGUGGCUGAAGUCACUUAUUUCUUGCUCACAACAGUUGCAGGAUAUCAGACAGUGGGAGAGGAGUAUGUCAACAUUAUACAAAUUGAUAAACACAGACUAAAUCUUCCAUCAAAACUGAAACGGUUGAUAAUGGUGUCUGUGCAUGUGUUUGGCCCUUAUGGAGUGAUGCGCUUUUUAGACUGGGUGGAAAAGAAGUUUCAGUCUGGUGAGUGGGACAACGUUCCUAAGGAAACAAGGGAGAUUAUCCUGAAAUCACUUCCUAUUCUUCAACAAGCUCUCUCACUGCUGCAGAGGUUUCAUCUGGCCUUCUUUUAUCUCCGAGGUGUGUACUAUCACAUCGCCAAACGAUUGACAGAUGUCAGCUAUAUCAAGUUCAGUUUAUCCAACACAGACGGAUCCUCGGUACAACAGAGCUUCAAGGCUCUUGGCUGGUUGUCCUUAGCUCAGCUUGGCUUCAGUGUUUUACAGCUGUUGUAUCAGAGUUACAAAUCAUCGAAAUCACUAUCGUCUCAUACAGAAAUCAGUGCAAGAACAGCAAGUGACACUGCAGACAGGAAAUGCUGUUUAUGUUUGGAGACGAGGAGGAAACCUACGGCGACACCUUGUGGCCAUUUGUUCUGUUGGCACUGUAUUUAUGAAUGGUGCUCGACUAAGCUAGAGUGUCCUAUAUGUAGAGAAAAUUUGCAACCACAGAAGUUAGUCUUUUUACAGAAUUAUGACCCACCAGAAGGAUAAAAGCACAGGUGUUUUAAUGUGACAUUUGUUUUUGAAAUCCUGAACACUUUAACCAUGGAUGAAAACAAAAGUCAGUUGUUGAAAACCUUCUAGGAGGGACCAGAGAUGUCUACAAUUUGUGAUUUACAAACCAUCUCAUGUGAUAUUGUUAAUUUUAUUAAAAAUGAAAUAAAUAUUGAUAAAAACAAA